AUGGCUCUGCUCCUUGCCAGUCGCCGACUCCCGUCUAGAUCCCGCGCGCCCCUUGCCCUCGCUUUCCAGAAUGCGAUAGCGAAGGACGCCAGCCAGGAUGACAGGGAAGCUUCCGACGUCGUGAAGUUGUGCCGGAAGGCCGAUAGCAAGAAGUACGACGCACCGCAACGUGCGCUCGAUCAUUUCUCUCGGAAUGUCGACGUCAUCAACAGCACCGAGCUGAUCAAGCUGGCGAGCGCUGCGCCCAAGGCCGCGCAUCUCCAUAUCCAUUUUAACUCUACCCUCCCUCCCGAAUUCCUGCUGGGCGUAGCGAAGGAGAUGCCGAAUAUGUACAUCUCGAGCGCUACCCACAAGCUACGAUCCAAAGAUGACUUCGACAACUGCGAGGUAGUCUUCAAUCUCCACGACGCCAAGACGCAGCCGCAAGACCACGAUCGCGAGGAUCCCAAGGGUCCGAACCUCUUUCGCGACGACUAUACGCCGGGCCAGAGGAUGCGCUACCAGUACUUCCGUGCCGCCUGGGUAGCCGAACGGAAACUCAGGCAGGAGGCAAAUUCUUCAAACCUAUGGGCCAUGGACGUCGAUUGCGAUCAAUGGCUCGCCAGCAAGCUUAUCUUUAACAAGCACGAGAUAGACCAGCUUUUUAGCCAGCCGGCCGACCCAGCGCCGAAAGGGCCAACUCCGGAAACAGAAGAAGAACGGGUCGCAAGACAGAAAAAGGCCGAGGAAGCGGGUUGGGAUAAGGACAUUGAAGUUGAUUUCCACAACAGCAAAUAUAAAAAUAUUCGCUUAAGGGCAACCAGGGCAUGGGAUAAAUUUAAUGGCCGCACCAGAAUGAUGAAAGGCCUGUUUAACUACGAGAAGGCAUUUAGGGCAUAUACGAGGAAGUGUCUGGAGGAAUUCGUCGCAGAUAACGUCCAAUAUGCCGAGAUCCGGCCGAAUUUCAUGAAGACCAACCAGGUUCUACGCGACGAUGGCUCCGCUAGCGCCGACAACUUUGCGGUUAUGAGAAUGAUUAUCGAAGAAUACGAGAAUUUUAUGAAAGAUAUCGGAGACAUGAACGAAAAUGGAGACCUAAAGGAAAACAGGCUGCUGGACUCUCAGGGCAAGCCGAUUUACGUCGACGGCACCGACAUCCCACGUGGCAACGGUUUCAAGCCCUCUUUCGGCGGGAUGAAGGUCAUAUACUGCACCCCUCGAUCGUUCGAUAAGGGGCGCGUCAAGGACGCGCUGCAAGAGUGCAAGAAGAUGAAGGAGCUGUGGCCGCAAUACAUCGCCGGCUUCGACCUAGUCGGCGAGGAAUCGUACAGCAAACCGUACCCGCUAAAAUACUUCGAGGAGGAAUUUAGGCAAUUCCAGGCGGAGUGUCCCGACAUCCCGUUCUUGUUCCACUGCGGCGAGACGCCCGACGACAUCGAAGGCAACCUCGACUGCGCGCUUAGGCUCAACUCUAAGCGGAUCGGGCACGGCUACGCCCUGCCUAAGAAGCCGGACCUCAUGCGGCAGAUGAAAGAAAAAGACGUGUGUGUGGAGGCGUGUCCGAUCUCGAACAUGGUUCUCGGGUUGACGGAGCGCAUGAACGAGCAUAGCAUCUACGAGUUGCUUGCCCACGAGGUUCACUGUACUCUCAAUAGUGACAACGGGACCCUCUUCAGGUCCAAGCUGUCGCACGACUUCUACGAAGUGAUGGUCGGGAACGAGGAGAUGAACCUGUUCGGUUGGAAGCAGCUGGCGAGGUGGAGCAUCGAUCAUUCCUGCAUGAGCCAGGACGAACGCGAGCGGGUACUGGUCGAAUGGGAAAGACGGUGGACGGAAGAGUUUAUUCCUACAGUACUCAAGAAACACGGCAAGCCCCCGGCGAGGUUCCAGCCGCUGAACGGGAUCUGCGAGAAUGAACGGAAGCGGCUGGCUCAGCUCACUCUGGAAGCCUAA